GCGAGCGCGGAACCGGGCGCCCUGCGGCGGAGCCGGGCCCGGCCGGGACCAUGGGCGCUCCGCACCUCGUCUGCCUCGGUGCGCGGUCCCGCCCCUCCGGCCCGCGCCUGCCCGGCCCCCGCACUCCUGCUGCCUGAUUGCAGCCGGAACUGGAGCUUCCCUGCAAGAUCCCCCUUCCCCGGCCGCCGCGAGCCCGCGGGUCGCCAGGACGUGUUCCUGAUCUGAGAUGAAACCAUGAAGAGAAGAUAAAAUAAAACAUAAUGCUUUUCCGCAAUCGCUUCGUGCUGCUGCUGGCCCUGGCUGCACUGCUGGCCUUCGUGAGCCUCAGCCUGCAGUUCUUCCACCUGAUCCCAGUGCUGGCAACCAAGAAUGGAGUGACCAGCAAGAAUCGAAAAAGAAUCAUGCCUGACCCAGCAACGGAGCCCCCCGUGAUGGACCCGGUAUAUGAAGCCCUUUUGUACUGCAACAUUCCAGGUGUGGCUGAGCGCAGCAUGGAAGGCCAUGCUCCGCAUCAUUUUAAGCUGGUCUCUGUGCACGUGUUCAUUCGACACGGGGACAGGUACCCACUGUACGCCAUUCCCAAAACGAAGCGCCCGGAAAUUGACUGCACUCUGGUGGCUAACAGGAAGCCAUAUCACUCUAAACUGGAGGCUUUUGUGAAUCACAUGUCAAAAGGACCUGGAGCCUCUUUCGAAAGCCCCUUGCACUCACUGCCUCUUUACUCCAGUCACCAGCUGUGUGAGAUGGGAGAGCUCACACAGACAGGGGUCGUGCAGCACCUGCAGAACGGCCAGCUGCUGAGGGACAUCUACCUGAAGAAACACAAGCUCCUGCCGAGUGACUGGGCUGCAGAGCAGCUUCACUUAGAGACCACCGGCAAGAGCCGGACGCUGCAGAGUGGGCUGGCUCUGCUCUAUGGCUUUCUGCCAGAUUUUGACUGGAAGAAGGUUUAUUUCAGGCACCAGCCCAGUGCUCUGUUCUGCUCUGGGAACUGCUACUGCCCACUGAGGAACCAGUACCUGGAGAAGGAGCAGCGUCGGCAGUACCUAUUACGUCUGAAUAACAGGCAGCUGGAAAGGACCUAUGAGGAGAUGGCCCGGAUCGUGGACAUCCCCACCAAGCAGCUCCGGGCUGCCAACCCCAUCGACUCCCUGCUCUGCCUCUUCUGCCACAAUGUCAGCUUCCCCUGCACCAAGAACGGCUGUAUCACCAUGGACCACUUCAAGGUGAUCAAGACGCAUCAGAUAGAGGACGAGAGGGAGAGGCAGGAGAAGAAGCUGUACCUGGGGUACGCGCUCCUGGGCGCCCACCCCAUCCUGAACCAAACUGUCAGCCGCAUGCAGCAGACAGCAGAGGGCAAGAAGGAAGGGCUCUUCACUCUCUACUCUGCUCAUGACGUUACUCUGGCCCCGAUUCUCAGUGCCUUGGGCCUUACAGGAGCCAGAUUCCCACGGUUUGCGGCCAGGUUGGUCUUUGAGCUCUGGCAGGACAGGGAGAAACCCCGUGAGCACUCCGUCCGGAUCCUCUAUGAUGGUGUUGACAUCACGUUCUACACUUCAUUCUGCCAGGACCACCACAGGCGGUCUCCCAAGCCCAUGUGUCCCCUCGAAAAUUUAGUCCGCUUCAUCAAAAAGGACAUGUUUGUGGCCCUGGGUGGUGGUAGUACCAAUUAUUAUGAAGCAUGUCACAAGGAAGGAUUCUAAAAGGCGCACGAUGCAGCGCUGAGAAUCGACGCCAAUUCAAAAGGAUGGGGAACGUCCACUUCUCGUUCUGUCGGCUGCUAAAGUUACAAGGUGGUUUGCAAAGGCCAGAAAUCAUGCUUGGGGCCCACGUGGAUUUGGGGUUGAACGGGGAGUAUGUUACUGUAAUUGGGUACGUGAGUAACUUGAGACAUAGUGGUCAGUUCACAGAGAAAGGAAGGUACUUUAUUCCAGCUAGACUUUACUUGGAUGCCAGAAUAAUAUUUCAGUGCCCAAAGUUGCCAAUUCAAAUGUGUAUUCUUUUGAUCUGCCUUGGUACUGUGUGAUGGAAUCAGCAAAUCUCAGCCAAACCGCCUCUUCAUCUGGGACAACCUCACCUUGUCCUUGUUCAGUGGAUGGUUUCCUGAAGUGAUUCAUUGAAAACAGGGGUGGGCAACCUUUUUCCAUAAAGGGCCAGAUAGUAAAUAUUAUAGACUCUGGACCAAAAGGCCACCUAUAGCACCUGUCACAGCUGCUCGACGCUGCUCUUGUAACAUGAAGGCAACCACAGAUGACCCUUGGAUGAGUUAAGUGUGGCUGUCAAAGGCCACACAAAAGAGGCAGUGGGCCAGCUGUGGCCUGAGGGCUGUAGUUUGCUGACCCCCAUUCUAAGAACCAGGCUGUACUACAAUUGCACUUUCAGCACUUUUUGAGAGAACCAGUUGAAUACCCAGAAUUAUUCAGUGGUGCCUCCAGUAACUUCUGCUAGAAACACAGAAUCUGGUCUGUAUCUGACAUGAUAACAAAACUUGAGGGGAAACAAACAUUGAACCAGAGUGAAUCAUAAAAAAAUUAUUAGAAUAAUACUUGAUGUUCAUGAUGAUUGUGGUAUAAGAUAGUUUUGAGUAUGUCUUCAAUAUUUGUCUGCUGUAGUCUAUUUGCUGUACAUGCUGAAAUUUUUGUAUUCCAUUUAGUAUUUUUAUAGUCUAGGAAAAUAUUUUCUAAGACCAGUUUUAGAUGUGUUCUUAUUCCUAUGAAAUAUUCCAUUUACUGUAUCUGCUUGGUGGUUAGAAGGGAACUAGAAGCUGAAUUCAGGCACUUUCUCCCAAUAAAACUAAUGAUGGCUCCUUCCCUUUGACAAGCAGUAGAAUUGGAUCGAUUUUUAGACCAUUUUCGUCAGUUUCAAAUGGUAAAUUCAAAUUGAUUUUUAAAUAAGUUUUUGGAAGAACUUUGUUACUAGAUAGUUAAAUAAUAUUUAUAAGGUAUUUUAUAUAUUAGAAGCAAUUAUAAUUAAAUCUGUGAUUUCUGCCUAAAAUGGUGCUAGUUCUGUGCAAAGAAAUGUAAAGUGAGAUUCUCCAAUGUCAUUGCCAUUCCAGCCUUUUUUGUCUGUUUUUGUCCAGUGUUUCAUUUAAAUACAUGUUUCUAUUAAUAAAUUUUUGAAGAAUACUCA